GUUUAGUUUCUGUACAAUAGUUUCUGCCCUUCAGCUGCGCUCUAUAAAACACCUGCCUGUGCUUGUUUUCUGACAGUGUGAACAAGAUGGAUUGGGGCACAGCCUUAACACUUGCAGCUGGAGCAGUUGGUGGUGUUAUAGCAGCUCCAGCCAUAAUUGCAGGACUGGGUUUCACUGCUGGUGGCAUCGCUGCAGGAUCCAUCGCUUCGUAUUGGAUGUCUGUUAUGGCGGUCGCUGGAGGUGGAGGUGUAGCAGCAGGAACUGUUGUUUCUGUCCUGCAGUCUGCAGGGGCUGCUGGGUUGUCCGUCGCCGGAAAGCUUGCUGCGGCGGCUACAGGAGCGGCGGUGACUGCUGUGGCUAAAUGUGUUGCCUCUGUGUUUCUUUAAAUGUCUUUACGCACCAUAUGAAUCAUGGUUUUGUUUAUUCAUUUUUGCUUGAUACUUUAAAGCUUUUACUAGCUUUCAUCUACAUGAAGGAAAAAAGGAUAAGCGCAUAAGUAAUAAAGAAUAUAGUAUAUUACUCCAUAAGUAUAUAUAUAAUAUAUAUGUAUGUAUGUAUAUGUGUGUAUGUAUGUAUCUAUAUAUAUGUCACAACCGGGAGGAGGAAGACAGACCCAUACACAGGAUAACUUCAAAUGAAUAGAGUUUAAUAAAUGAUAAACACAAAACAGGAACACAGACGAAAACUAAACUGGACAAAUCACGAGGAAACAAUGACGAUGAUUAAAUAGACACAAUUAACAAUAAGGAACAGCUGUGUAGAGACGAGGAGGAGUAAACAAAGGCGGGGGGACACGUGACACGGAACAUAAACAAAGGCACAUGGCCAAAAGUCUGGGCUGAGUCCUGACAGUAUGUGUGUGUGUGUGUGUGUGUGUGUGUAUGUAUGUAUGUGUGUGUGUGUGUGUG